CUUCCCAUCCACCUAUGCAUUGCGUGUCUUGGUGUGUGCAGUACCUCACAGCAGGCGGAGGGGCUGCCGAUCGGUAGCCAUGAGUCGCGUGGUGAGAUUGCUGGGUCGCACAAAGGCCUACAUCAUGGAAUGCAAGCAAAACAUGGCGCCGCUGCCAAACCCUGAAUGGUACGAAGAAGGGAAGGACACCAGGGUUACCUUCAAGAAUCUAAGGAAGCUCCCGCUGUCGGUACACACCGAGAUCUGGUCCUCCACCUGGAAGUGGUACAGAGCAUCGUUCGCGGAGUCGUUCGCGUGGAGCCGGAAGCGCAAGGAAGAGGCCAAGAAGAGAGAGGCCCACGAGAAGAUGAGCACGCUCCAGGGUAUGGUGAAGGAGGCCCGCGAGAUCACGCACAACUCCCCGGAGGACUUGGAAAAAUCUAAGGAGGCUCUCAAGGAACUAAUGGAAGAGAUUCACGAAAACCGAGACGAGCUCAAGUCGGCAGCCCAGGAGAAGCUGGACUUGAUACGGGUCUCUCUGUCGGAAUUUUCCACGGGAUACCGAGAAGCUCGUGACGAGGAAAUCAAGCGCGUGAUGGCGAUGGACAAGAGCAUGAUCCAGAGCUUCCUAAGCGAGAGAGCCGGGGAGGUGAAACACGCCACCUCCGUCAUCGCGGACGCCAUCCUCGAGAAAGACGGCGACGCCGGUGGCAGCAGCAGCAGGGAAGAAGGCGAACAGAGCUCCUCCGCAAUGCGCAGCGCCCCUGCUCCUCCGAGCCACAACAACGCCGCCCCCUGUGUAUCAUCGGUGGGUAGGCCACAGGAGCGACCAGGGACGGUGUCGUCGACCACAGCAGCAAGCGACGCGGAAUCCCAUCCCAACAACGACCCGGGUCACGCCGACCUCGAUGGCGGGGCGACACGGUUCUUGUCCCCGCGAGCCCGCCGGGCGGUGGACGACGUUCUCCGAGAUCCGGACGUGGAGCGACUGGCGGGACGAGCGAAGGGCUUCGCGAGGGAGAGGCUCCUGAAAGCGGAGGAGGCGGCGCGAAUCAUCACAGGAGAAGAGGAGGAGCGUGGCGAGAGGAAGCGACCAGAGGGGGUGGGAGAGGGGGGGUCCGACACCGAGACCCCGAUCAUUUCCGGGCUCGCGAGCGACGCGAGAGAGUUCGUGGCGGCAAGGGUGGGGCAGGCCAGGGACGGGGCGAAGGAGGUUGUGGAAGCGGCCAUGGACGCAAGAACGCAACGGCGGGCCGCUGCUGAUGGGGCCGAGCGAUCGGUCAAGGCUACGGCACCGGGGGGUGAUGACUCCGGGGGCCCCGUGGAUGACAGCAAAGACGGGACGACGAGAUAGAGGGUCCCGUCGACCGUACCGAAGUCGUUGGCGGCACCGGUGACACCGGAAAAACUAGGAGGGCGGAAGUAUCGGACAGUUGAUGAUUGUCACCGCCAGGGGCGUUGUUUCAGGGGGUAGGGUUUGGGAGCUUGUGUUCGGACAGCAGUAGCUAGCGAAGAGGGAGAGAGAGGAGAGGACGGUUGUGGAGUCUUUGUAAGUAGCGACUCGGCCGGCUGACAGGAUGGAAACACAAUAGCCUGACGAGGGCACGAACGGCAGUAGCCGGGCGUGGGGCGGCGUGCCAUCCGCGGUCCGUGCGUCUUAGUUUUCUCGCACAUGAAAACUUUGUUCCCACAUCAGCUGAAUUUUCUGCGUACAAGCACGCAUGGCUCUUCACCAUGUCUCAAGUUUUUGAGUUGAGGCGGUGUGCAAUCGAUCCAUCCCCAG